AUGCCUCCUAGAAGAAGUGUGAACAACCAACGUAUCGAGAAUAACGACAUCCCUAUUGAGACCCACAUUGCUAACGCUGUCCAUACGGCUAUCGCGAGUUUGGGUCCAAACUUGUUGCAACAGCUUCAACAAAAUAACAACAACGGGCCACCAGGAGGUAAUAACAAUAAUGGACCACAAGGGGGUAAUAACAACAACGGCCCUCAAGGCGGAAAUGCUAACCCUCCUAUUGCCAUUCAUGAUUGGCUUGAUCGCUUCCAAACGUUAAAGCCAAAAUCGUUUAGUACCCCUGCUACUCCCGUCGAGGCGGAAAACUGGAUUGCUCAUAUCGAGAAAAAUUUUGAAGUGUUGGGUGUGAAUGACGAAUUCAAAGUCAGGCUUGCUGGUUACAAAUUGGAGGACGAUGCUCAUAGGUGGUGGAAGACUUUGAAGAAUGCUCGUGGAGGAGAUAAUUAUGCAGCCACACUUCCUUGGAAUGAGUUUCGCACAUUGUUAUAUCAGCAGUAUUUCACUGAUGCUGACCUCAGGGGGGACGAUGAGCUUAUUAUGCAGGGGGACGAUGAGCUUAUUAUGGAGUUUAAAACUCGUUCGCUAGAGCAGCAAACCAACACUUUCAAGUGGGCUAUAUGUGACCGUGAUAGGAAGUUUAUUCUGAAUCUCCAUUUCACUGAUAUUAAUGAGAUUGUUGUAGCGGUCAAAAACUUGGAUAAUGAUAAGAAGCAUCGCCAGAGGACGUUGGAUGAUAAUCGUAUGCGACCAAGGGAAGAUAACCAGAGUAAUUCUUCUUUUCAAGGUGGCAAUGAUCAAUCUCGAGACCAUAGGCACCGUUCUGACAGGAAUUACGACAACCAGAUACAGCAAGACAAACAAAACAUGCCACAAUAUCGUGACCCUCGUUGUGCCACUUGUGGGAAACCUCAUAGCGGGGUUUGUCGCCGAGCUGAACAUCUCUGUUUCAAUUGUGGAGAUGCAGGUCACCUGGUUAAAGAGUGCCCUAAGUUUAACCCUAGAGCUAAUAAUAGGGGAAAUGCCAGACUUACUACUAAUGAUGCAACUAAUACCUCAGGUAUGAUUUUCGGUUAA